CCGAGACUCUCAGUUCGUCGGCGAUCAGUUUGCAUCGGGCUGUCGCCGGUGCGGGCUGCAGGUUGAACACGCCUGCUUUCUGUCAGUGUCGCUCUCGCUUUGGUUUCGGAAUCGUGCGAUGUCGUCUGCUUUCUGAAGUCGUGUCUCCUAUAAACACCGAUUCCAGCCUGAAUAUCACAGCGUCUUUAAAGAGACUGCGCAAUGUGAUUGCCGCCGUCUGCAACAUACAGAGGACGUUUUCGAAAUUGCAGAAAGUUCGCUAACGACACUUUGUGCUCCUGCAAGGAUAUGUGAAAGCGUGAAGUGUGCAGUGCGGUGUGCUCACGUUUUGUGCACGACGUGUUCCUGCUUACAAAUAAGGGGUGCCGCAGGUGGCAAGUAAUAUUUAAACCUCUUCUACCUUUUAGGCUGUAUAUUGCGAGUGACAACGCCGAAUACGCACGAAAUUAUAAAGUUAUAAAGCAAAUAAUUCUCACUCUUCCAAACUCGGUAAAAAAUUUCGCUAACUUUUUGUAGCUUUCUGCAAAGUCUCCCCAAACUGGUCAAACAAUAAUGCGACAGCAAUGUGAACCAAUGCGUUUCUCUUGACGUCCAAGAAACUUUGGACUCCCCGUUUGAAUAUUCACGUGCCAUCGAAAGACAACGUGACGAGUCUGGAACGAAGCAACACUGAGAAAAAUGUCGUCUGCUACAGGAUGAGCCGCGUCGUCUGCUACAAGUCGUCUGCCUUCUUCCACAGUGUGCAGUGAUUGAUAGUGAAACGGGAAGCGGUCGAAGUCACCACUUCCUGCCUGUCAGUUUCUCGUUUUCAAAGGACCGGAGUGGUUGGCCAUUUAUCCAAGAAAGAGAAUUGGCCACUUAAGCUUGUAAAGGGGUCGGCGGGCUGGAAACCUCUGUUUCCCUAGUGGUGUGAACGUGCUCUGUGUUUGUCGGUUUUUACGCUAACUUCUGAAUUACGAGCUCUUAGAUGCGCAUCAUCACUUCGCAAACAAACGCGAUUUUGCGUUACUGAAGCUGCAGAUUUCUAAACGAUCUCAAAGGCAAUGCCAUUAUCGUAUAGCGAUUUGAGUUGGGCACGGAAUCCGAAACCCCCCUUCGGAAGUUUGUAGUGCCGAGGCGGUAAGCUGACAAAUGUAUCAUAGUGCUGUGAGAUACCGUGUUAUUACAGGAAACAUGGUGCAGUGACACUUAAUGUAACACUUAAAGCUGAGAAAGGAUCACCAGGGUUCGAACUAACAAGAACACGGCCUGGCCCUGUUUUAACGACCGUAGGUUAUUACGGAGCGAGCCCAAAGCAGACGUCUUGUUCCCUGUUUCUUUUACGACCACAAAAAACACAAUCACUUCGCACUCAACGGCCGCGUGCUUCUGCAGGAACACAAUCAGAGUCGCGCAGCUCCACCCCUGUCGAUCGGUUGGAACCGUUCCUCGUACCAGCUUGUUCGCUGUUUUCCAACACCCUCUUCAACAGGACGCGACACUCAGUAAAACAAAAAUAAAAAUAAGAGGACAGCAUUCGCCUCGUAAUUGCCGCCGGAAGUGGAUAAGCGCUGCCGCGAUGAUACUGAUGACGCUGGUGAUGAACUUCCGGAGCUCCAUAAUGGCGCAGGAGGAAAUACAGGCAAUUACUUCACGUGUGUAGUGCGGCGACGAGGUGAAUUGGGGGAGUACCGUCCACGCAAUUCUGAGGCUGCACCAACGAGAUUAGGAAUCAAGGAAAUCGAUAAGAGCUGAUUAGGUAGGCCAGAUUGCACAGGAUCGACGUUUAUUGGCUGCCGUUAACUCGAACAGGUCUGUUAGAAGCCCGUUCUGUCUUCCUCAGAAAAAAGAGAGAAAAAAGAAAAAAGGAAGGAGGAGAGGCUCGGACUUUUUUCUUCGUUUUCGCGUCACGAUUUCCUUUUCUUUUUCUUUUUUGUUGCCCUUCUGGAAUCGAUCGUUUUGCUUGUAAAAUAUUCAGGAGAUCCCGUCUUCUAGAAGGCCUGGUAGGACCCCUCUGUUCCCGGACGAAAUUGAAUGCCUCUAAGAUUCCCCUUUUAAGUUGGGUUUUCUUGAAAGAGGAUUCGGCUUUCGCCAUGUCCCAGUGAGCCUUGAUGCACUUGGAAGGAAACAGAGGCUGUGAUGGAUAUCCGUGACCAGGUGCGGGGACAAUGGAAAGGUGGACUGGCAGACAUUCGUGUGGUUGGAGCGAAGUAGAGGACAAAGAAGUGAAUCACAAAGUAUGGUUGGAAAAUCUGUAGACGGGUACCGCAGAAAACGUAUCGAAAUUUGAGGAAUCUACCUUCCGAAAAGCGCGGUCGCGGUGAAAAACUGAAGGAUAUAUUUUAUUUGUAAGACAUCAUGAUGUUAUAAGCUGAAUGAGUUGCGCGUAUAGCCGAAACCAUCAAGGUAAACUUACGCAGAACUCUACCAACCUAACGGUGCAUCUCAGAUAGAGGCGCAAUUGAAAUAUCAACUAUAUCCUACAAGCUCGAGCGGCAUACCAUUCACGUGAAAUAUUGGCGACCCGCUCACAACUAAUACAACCUCACGCUGAGACAAGAGCUGGUUUGGAGUAAAGCAGAGACCAUUGCCAGCCUCAGUUAAACUUCCUCAGUGCAUGCCGAUUACGUUUCUACAACAUACAUUCUUUAUCCCAUGUCACUUUUUUUCGUCCUGAUGCAUCUUGAGCUAUGUGAGCAGUAGAGGUGGACGUCUUCAGUAGUUCAACAAACCUUGUUCCAUUCAUGUUUUGGCAUAUGCAAAAAUCUGUCUGAGAGUUGUAACAAGAUAAGAGGCCAUUAUCUAUUCUGCAAAAGGUACACAUCACUAUACUCGCGUUUGUUGUUCGAAUUUUCUCACCAUGAAUUCGCGAAACCAAUUGGCGAAGAAGUGCUGAGCUAAAACCAGUCCUUUGGGAAAAGGAACCUUCCAAACAUUGUGAUGAAAACCGACGUCACCAACGUGGCUAAACUUUCGGAGUGUUAGCGAGGAUCUUCAGGACGACGCAUAUUGCACGUCCGUCACGAUGGCUGUAUUUUAGCCCUCAUCUUUUCGGUCACCGUGGAUUUCAGUAAUCAUAGACUUGAAAAUGGCGAUAAGAACAAGAAAUUCUUUGAGAAACAUUUGUCAUCUUCCAUAACCUGCACAUGUAGUGUCCGAUUCCAGCUCAGGGUUGUGAAGAAAAGAUGACAAUCUUGGAUUUAAAAGAAAACCGAAAGCAAGGAGAGGUUUGAAAUUGUUCCUUUUUCGCCGAAAGUCUACAAGAGCGCAUCUUCGGAAAUAAGGUUGCGACUACAGGGACUGAAAUGGGGAGAUAGCUAAACAGAUAUGUUAGAUUGUUUUUCGGCCAACCGUCUGAAACGCUCGCGUCUGGGUGAUUGAAGAAAUGUAUUGGACGUCAUCGCAUCGUAUCACUUUGAAGUAACGUCUUCGAAAAUGGCUGGCGUAGUGUUAACGGGUGCAGUGAUGUGCAGUGCUGUUCUGUGUGUACUCCGACGCUCCGUUCCAAAGUGCUGUUUUGGGAGUGUCGCACAUCUACGAAGGACAUCCGGCGGAAGUUCUGCGUGGACUGGCUGUCUCGCUGUUCUUUCACUGUUUCAAGUACUCGGCCAAGCGGCCACAAGCAGCGACGUGUGGGAAACCCGCAGAGCUCCAUCUUUCACCUUGGAACCUCCCCACUGGGUUGAGUUUUCAAAUACAAGCGGAGCCGAGGUCCGAUGCGAAGCCGACGGCCUUCCACCGCCACAGGUCGUCUGGGUGACGGUCGACGGAGGAGCCGUCGUCGUCAGUCCUGGCUUAAGGCUUCUCGAGGACGGAGGUUCGACUCUCGUCUUUCCUGCCUUCCCAGCUGACGCCUACAGACAAGAUGUGCACGCGGCGUUAUACCGCUGUAUGGCCACAAACGUAAUGGGUACCAUUGCCAGCAGGGACGUCCAUGUGACAGCAGUGGUGGACUACCAGUACGAACCUCGUGUUCACGACGGCUUUGUGAUCCGCGGCAACACGGCGAUUCUCAAAUGCCACGUUCCGUCCUACAUCCGACAGUACACGCUCGUCGAUGCGUGGAUUCGCGACGACGGCUUCACCAUCAACGCAUCUGGGAACAAAGAAGACCGUUACACCCUCCUUCAAACGGGUGAGCUGCUCGUCUACAAGACUGCACCGGAAGAUGCCAUCAGAAGCUACCGAUGCCGCACGAGACACAGGCUCACGGGGCAUCUGACCGCAAGCUCGGUUGCGGGAAAAGUAACCGUCACAGAAGCACACGCAGCUACGCAAGUCAAAGUCACCCUCAGUCUUUCCGAAGUCAAAGCCAAGAUCGGGGGCCAUGCUGAUUUGCCAUGUGUCGCUCAGGGAUACCCUCCUCCACACUACACGUGGUACAAAGAAGAUAGGGGGCGCCGCGUGUCCGUCGUCGAAUCAGAUCGGAUGCAGACGUCCAAUGGUGUGCUCAGCAUUCGUGCCGUCACAGUUCAAGAUGGCGGCCGUUACAUCUGCGUCGCCCGAAACAGCGCCGGGGAGCAGAAGGUGGAAACGUUACUCUCCGUAGCGGUGCCCCUCAGCGCGACCCUGGAGCCAGCCUUCCAGACAAUAGCGGUUGGACUUCCGGUGACGCUGAACUGCAGCGUGCAGGGACAGCCCGUCCAUCGCGUGACGUGGUGGAAAGACGGUGUCCUACUGGUUCCCGACGGCCGUGUGCAGCUAAUAUCACGUGACCAGAUCCGGAUUAAAUCCGUGCGCCGCGAAGACGCCGGAAUGUACCAGUGUGUUGCACAGAACGAGAGAGACUCGUGUCAGGCUGCGGCUCAUCUUCGUCUUGACGACAUUUCCCCCGUACUGGACGAGACGUUCGAGCCCAGCGUCAUCCGGCGCGGUGAACCAAUCUCCCUCUCGUGUCGUGCUCGCGGAAGUCCCGUCCCGGACGUAACGUGGACUUUGGACGGUGACCUCCUCUACCCGUCUCAUCGGGUCAAGAUCACGUCUGAACGGACUACAACGGAGAUCGCCUCUGUCCUCAACAUCUCCGAAGCCCGUCUCGAAGACAGUGGAGAGUACAGUUGUGUGGCACGCAACGACAUUGCGACGGUGACUCAUUCAGCGCGGUUGGAUGUGCACGGACCGCCUUUUGUGCGGCCUUUGAGGAACGUUACAGUGGUGUCGGCGACGGAGCUGAGGUUACGGUGUCCUUACGGAGGACAUCCAGUGGACGCUGUUACCUGGCAUAAGGGAGGCAUGGUUCUUCCAGUCAACUAUCGCCAGGGCGUCGACAGUCGAGGAGGGUUGGUCAUACAGGAGGCGCAGAAACCGGCCGACGAAGGGGAAUACACCUGCUUCGUGACGGGCAGCUCCGGGCUCACGGCGAGCGGCUCAACGUAUGUCUCCGUUGUAGUGGCCCCAAUGAUCGACGACCAUUUCUUCCCGGACGUGAUCAAGGUAGAAGAAGGAACCCGAUCUCGCCUAAUGUGUUCGGUGUCAAAGGGUGACCCUCCCCUACGCUUCCGAUGGAUCAAGAACGGUCUCAAUAUCAACACACGAGGAGAUCGGACCAUCGAAGCGAACGACGACUCCUCCAUCAUCAAGUUCGCCCGCGUCCGCUUUUCCGACAAAGGACGCUACGUAUGUUUCGUGUCAAACGAUGCCGCCUCCGUCAACCGGACGGUCGAGCUAGUUGUGCACGUGAGUCCACGGUGGAAAACGGAGCCUCAGAAUGCUUCUGUCAUCCUUGGAGGUUCGGUGUUUCUGCACUGCGCGUCCGACGGUUAUCCUACUCCUUCAAUCACUUGGAAAAAGGGGCAAGGAAGCGCGCCUCGGAACUUCACUUACGUGCAUUACAAUUUCCGAAACCAUCACUUUCUGAACGGCAGUCUCCUUAUUCGAGAAGUGGAAGAAUCGGACAGGGGAUAUUAUCUGUGUGAAGCGCACAACGGGAUCGGCUCUGGAAUCAGCAAGUUAAUCUUCCUCAACGUACAUGUUCCUCCGCGGUUCGAAGUCAAACAUCGCAGCUUCCUCGUGAAAAAAGGCGAAGAUUUCUCGGCUCACUGUCGAGCACACGGCGAAGCGCCAAUGGCUUACCACUGGGAGAAGAACCAGAAGCCCGUCGACGGCGAAAGGCAUCAGACAAAAGAUGGCGAGGACAAGAAUGGCGACGUCCAGUCCCUGCUGCAAAUCUUGGAAACUGUUCGAGAGGACUCGGCUGUGUACUCAUGUAAAGCGAGGAAUAACUACGGGGAAGAUUCUACUCAUCUCCAACUCAUCGUUCAAGAGCCACCCGAUGCCCCGAGCAGCCUGACGGUUACCAACUACACCAGCCGCUCCGCAACCAUCCAAUGGCAAGCACCGUACAACGGGAACAGCCAGAUCAGCAGAUACGUCCUACAACAUAAACUUCAGAAAGAGUCGUGGUCCGGACCUGUGUCGCAGAUGGUUAUUCCAGGAACCGACGUGACCGCUACUGUGCGUGGACUCCAACCAGUUACAAAAUACGCACUGAGAAUCGUUGCGGAAAACGCCCUGGGACCCGGGGCUCCGAGCAACGCCAGUCUAGUGACAACUAUGGAAGAAGCGCCGACCGGAACUCCCUCUUCGGUUACUGUCCAUACUACAGGCUCACAGUCACUCAAAGUAUCCUGGCGGCCUCCAAGCAAAGAGCAUCAGCACGGCACCAUCGUCGGAUACCAAGUUGGAUACCGCGUUGCCCACACAGACGACAGCUUCCAAUUUAAGCAGGUGGAAGUCAGACCGGGUGGCGAUUCGAACAACCAGGAGACGACGUACCUGACCAACCUGCAGCGUCUCACGAAGUAUGGCAUCGUUGUGCAAGCCUACAACCGAGCAGGAACAGGGCCGGCUUCGGACGAAGUCAUUGCCACCACGCUGGAGACUGCGCCCCCUACAUCGCCAUCUAUCAAGGCCGUGGCACUGUCUUCCUCGUCACUCUCUGUUCAUUGGGAAAGGGAUUCGAAAGACAAAUCGCUUGUCACAGAGUACGUGCUCCACUACGGCACUGACAACGGGGAAUGGAAGAAGAUGCCCUUGAACGCCAGCCGACAAACGUUCGUGUUGGAAGGGCUCAACUGUGGCUCCGUCUACCGGCUCUACAUGACAGCAUCUAAUAGCCUCGGCACCGGAGAGCCCGGGGACGAGGUGACAGUGCGGACGAAGGGAGCUGCUCCAAUAUCUCCUAUGGUUGACAAGUUUAUCACGACAAAUGCCACGAGCGCCAUCCUGCACUUGGGAUCCUGGUCCACCGGUGGAUGUCCCGUCACCCACUUCAGCAUCCAGUACCGCCUAAAGUUUCAUCCAACUUGGCUACCCAUGGCAGAGACCGUAAGCCCCCGCAGCCGAAGUUAUGUCCUCAACGACCUCCUUCCCGACAGACAGUACCAAGUCAGCGUCAUUGCCCAUAGCGAGGCAGGCCAAACACAGGCUGAUUUCGAGUUCCACACCCCAGCACUUUCCGCCGCCGUAGCAACCCUGAUUCCCACAGCCAUCCAGGACCAGUCCUCGGUACCUCUCCACCAGAACGUGGCCGUUGUCGCUCCCGUCGCUGUAUCGGCAGCCAUAGUUCUUGUGUCCCUUCUGGCUGUCUACGUUUGCCUACGACGACGAGGGUCCCAUUACGAUUCUCACAAUGCCAACGGUGGUCAUCCACGGAAAUUGUACCUGGACGGUGCCAUGAUUAUGUCGGAAUUCAGCCAAAAGGCAGCGACGGUAAAUAGCACUGCACAGAGGUCAAGUUACUACGCCUCGCCCGCCAAGAAGCCUCAGGCCGUUACAGCGUCCAGCAAUCAUAAGCCCACAAAAGACCGGACCUACGCUGAGCCGUACCCUUCGUCGGGAGAACAGCCGGCGUACGGCUCUCGGUCGACGACGCAACAGCCAAAGGCACGAGGGAAAGACGAUUACGGCGGAAAUGGGACGCCGCUUUCCAUAGCCCUGAGUUCGUGCCCUCUGACUAAGUCCAGUUUUACUAACGUCAGGGCUUCUGUGUGUUCUUCUGACGGAAGAAUAAGCCAUUCGGUGCUGCCGCAAGACAAGUACCUAUCAGGCGAAGGCUACGGCAGCAUCUCUAGCCAAUCUGGAGAGAGCACGGGGGACCGGUGCAGCCAAUCGGGAAGCCUCCCGCGAACGCAUUUAAGGCACUUUGAAUUUGUUAGCUAAUAUAUCGCGACGCAGUUGCCGCUUUGAUCUUCCUGUCUACUAUGUCAGACAAACAAAACGCUGUUAAUUAAACUUUUUCAGAAGCUUGCCAAUAAAAGCAU